UGAUAAUUCAGGUACUAAUGAAAAGUUACCUAAGUUUUCUUACUUUGCUUCCUUGAAACCAAUCGAAAUUAUUCAUGCGGGAGAUCCUGGAAGCCACAACAUCUGUGUCUGUGCGCAACAUGAAAAUGUAAAACUUAAAAUUUAUGCUGUAACUAGAAAAAUUAAGUACCGUGAUUUAUUACACAGUACUGUUUGUAACAUCGAUAAUAGAAAUUGUAUGCUUCAUGAAUGUGAUGAUUGUCCGAAAAUAUUGGGAAUAAAAAAAGUCUUUGCAGAAAAUGAUAUAGAAUUUGAGAAAGAAAAUAUCAGUUACAAGAGUUGGAUAGAUGAAGGAACUCGAGCAUCAUUAAAAACUGUCACAGAAAAGACUGAUGAUUUUAAAUCAGGAUUGUAUAGUGAUAUUUGGAAUUUGACUCAGCAUCAUUAUGUAGCAGAUGCUCAAAAACGAUAUUUGAGUUACUGCAAAACUAAUUUAGAAGCAGAUACAUGCAUUAUUAUGAUGGAUUUUUCCGAAAAUUACUCCUUCGUCAUUCAGAAUUCUGUUCAAGCUUUUUAUUACAAUAACUCUCAAGCAACUAUUCAUCCUUUUGCUAUAUAUUAUAAAAAUGACAAAAAUAUAGUAUCGAACAUUAAUUUUUGCAUAAUAAGUGAUACUACGGAUCAUUAUGCAUAAACAAUACACGCGUUCAUAGACAAAUUGAUGUCAACGAUAAAAGAAAAAUUAGGCUCGAUUAAAAAAGUCAUAUACUUUUCAGAUGGAGCACCAAGUCAAUACAAAAACAAGAACCAUCUAGCAAAUAUAUACUGCCAUGAUGAAGACUUUAACAUUAAAGUGACAUCAUACAAUUUUUUUGCGACAAGUCAUGGUAAAUCUCUUUGUGAUGCAAUUGGUGGGAUCAUUAAAAGAUCCGUUAUGCGAUAUUGUCUACGAGCUUCACCAGAAGAGCAAAUUACAAAUGCCUUACAAAUGUAUGAAUAUGCAGUUCAAAACUGCAAGAAUAUCGGAGUUUUGUGGGUGCCACAUAGCGAAGUAAACAAGCAUGAAAGAAAAUUAAAACGUCGAUUCUCAACGGUAAAAACUUUAACAAAUACAAGAAAAUAUCAUUGUUUUAUACCAGUUGAAGACAAUUUUUUCCAGGCAAAAAUUACUUCGUUUGACGAUUGUUCAAAAAAAAUAAAAUGUGAAAAAAGCAGUGUAUUUUUUAGAUCUCCAAAUACUUUCUCAGUAAUUUCAUCGCUGUUUGAAGUUACAUGA